CUGUCUCAAAACUGCCAAGGUUGACAAAGUUAUUGAAUUCUAAUUUACCAAUAACGUCUAUAUACAGACGUAAUAUAUUAUUAUGAGAAGAACAAACAAUAAAAAUAAAAAAAUUAAGGUUGAAUACCCCAUAAAUGUAUCAACCUAUAUGGCUAGUUAUAAGGUUUUCCAAGAUGUACAGGCUGAAAGAUUUAGGCAAAAAAGGGAUUCUAUGGAAAAUCAAGAAUUCAAACCAAAACCUAGGACUCAUUUGGACUUGGAGACGUUUACUCCCUUGAAACGACCAAUUCCUAUAAGUCUUAUGCCAGUACCCAAUGAUAUUACAGGAAGAAACCCUCUAUCACCAGUUCAACACAUCGAAAUACCGGAAGAUGGAAAAAAAGCUGAAGUAAUAAAAACACGUCCUAGACUAUUUAAAUCCCCCCAAGUGAGUUUGGAUGAAGUUCAUGAUCCAGAUAUGAGAAAAAUGAUUGUGGAUUACACCUACACCUCCCACUUAAAACGUACGGAGCAAGAUCUCUUGGACUUGAUUUGGGAUGAGUACAAAAAAAUGCCAGAGAUUGUUGCAGAACCUGACAAACUCUCGACUGCUUCGAGAAAACCCUACUUUGGGGUUUAUUUCGAUCCCAAACCUUUACUUAGAAUCAAAAUGACUUCAGAGCAAAAUUCAAGAGGUAGACAAUGGGAGAAUGAGAGAACCAUUGGUACUUCUAAUUCAACACAACACUUUUGGAAACAUAAUCAACCGAAAUAUGGACCAGCGUAUACAGAUUUGGUGGGCAAAGACACCAAGGAUAAAAUAAACGAUCUGGUUACAAAUGACAAACUUCAGAUACAACAUGACAAAACUUGUUUAGAAUAUGGUGGAUUCAAAUCGAGUGUUCCAGUUGGUAUUGAUCUCGCCAAGAGAGAUUUUCCUCGGAACCAUCCAUUUCGUUCCACAUAUCAAGAAGCUUUCAGUUGGAAAAUAGGCUGCGCAGAAAGAUGAAUCUUUUCAUAAAGAAAAAGAAGAUAGAAGUUUUCUGCAUGUAUAUUUAUUUCCAUUAUUGGAUAUCAUUUAAUUAUAAGACAAACAAUUGUAGAAAUAUAAUGUAUAUUUACUUUUA